GCGACGUUCAUUGUCUGCUGGAGUGGGAAGCUUUGAAAGCCGUUCGCCGCUGCGACGAGUUUUGUAGCGUUUGGAUUCCAACGCGGGCCGCAGUUUGAAUCAAGAGCUAUCAGCGAACCCACUGCCAAGGCAUGGUGCUGUUCCAGCAGCUGACGGAGGCGUCUCAGCUGCCGACGCCCGGCCGCAGCGACUUGCACAACCGUGAGGCCGUCAACCGAAGUCCCAUGUCGACGGCCACCCAAUGCGCGAGCAAACUGCAAGCGCUGUUGGCUGGCCACCGAAAUGCGCCGAGCAACGAGCUGCGGGCCGUGCUAAGCAAGUAUAGCGACACUCUCGAAGCAAGCAUCUUGGAGACCGUAAGAUCAAUGAGUGGCACAUUCUGCGCUGCAUACGUGCAGAACUUGCCCGAGCAGCAAGGCAGCUGCACGGACGUUGACCUUGCUCGCCGACAGCUUCAGAUGGGCGAGACGUUGUUCUACAAGGCUCUGGAAAGCAUUGUAAUUGAAUUGAAGCACCAAAAGCCGGACACUGACCUUUCUGUUUAUCUCUGCAAGAGUGCUUUCCAGCAGUCACUGUUUGCGUGCUGCUUGGAGAUUGUGAUGUACUGCUACAACUCACAACGGGAAUUUCCUUGGAUCUUGGAGGUGUUCAAUCUGAAACCUUAUGAUUUUUGCAAGAUCACCGAGCCUUUGAUUCGGGCUGAGAAAGGCUUGUGGAGGGAAGUCAUCAAGCACCUCAAUCAGAUCGAGGAGCAGAUUCUGGAGUGUCACGCGUGGAAGGACGACUCUCCCCUGUGGGAUGUGAUCAGACGGGCUCAGCAGAACAUACCCCAAUGCAAGGAGGUCUUUCCUCAGUGGCGAAUCGAAACAUUCCAAGAAUCCCUCAAAAAUGAUGACAGUGCAUCUUCAAUGGCGCACCCAUCACUGGGUGGCUCGGGAAGUAACCAGGGCCACUUAGACACAAACAGAACAGGCCUUCAGAAGAGCAGUCUGGGCAGUUGUCAUGGCAGGACUGCAGCGCAGGCCGAUCCUGCAGUGCCAUCGCCUGAGGCUUCCGGAGAUAACAGGCCUCCACGUUGCGACUCCCUGGCGCUCUUCUUUCGAAAG